AUGGCUUGGAAAGUGAUCCAGAGAACAAGAGCGCGUAAUAUUGAGAACCGAAGCAAAUUAAAGAUAAUGCAUGCUCUUGGAAAAAAGAGCUUGGCAAGAAUAGCUUAUGAAGUUCUAGAAGAGACGGGCAUAGAACCGAGUCGGGGUGAGCAUUUUAUUGCAUCACUCACAAGAUCAGAUGGAAGUUUUGUUUGCAAUGAAGCAAAAAUUUGUGCGGAUAAGCUUACACAAGUCAUAAAUCAAAACAUUCAAAAUGAAGCAUCAACUAAUAAGAAUGGUUCAAAGGAUGCAUUUGAACAAGUAUUUGAUCCUGAACAUUCUGGAAGAGUUCGAUGUGUAGGACGUGGCCCGACACCAUCCAAAUACUUUAAGAGAUUGGAAACGCAAACAUCAAGUGCUGCUGAGAUGGUUGAGAUUAAGUCUUACGUGAAAAGACUUGAAGAUAAGGUUGAUAUAAUGGCUUCUGCUCUUCAGACUCUGAUUUUAAAGACUCAAUUCCAAGGGAGCACAAAAUUUAACGACCUUCAUCAAACAUCCAGUAACUCUAGUGAUCAGGAACAUAAUCAUAAUUUUGGAAAUAUGAUCAAGAGGCAGAGCCAGGAGAAGAGAAAGCAAUAA